AACUUUGAUAUGAGAAGUACAUAAAAUAAAUUAUUCGAUUACUUUUUCAUUCAGUAAUUACAGGUUUCUGAUAGCAACUACAAGUGACAACGUUAUAUCAAAAAUGAAAAUAUUCGCUUCUAUCUUUGUACUUUAUUUUGUUGGGGUUUUAAGCAACAUAGCUGAUGAAGAAUCGGAUGACCGCGAUUACUUGAAGCAUUGUAUAGAGGAAAGUGGUGUUGAUCAAAAUGCCGUUGAUAAACUACAAGACAAAAUAUGGGAUAUGGAUAACAAGAAACUUCAAUGUUUUAUGAAAUGUUUCAUGUUACAAAUAGGAGUCAUAAAUAAUGAUGGAACUAUAAACGAGGCAAACAUGAAGGAAAAGAUAUCCCAUGAGUUUUCAAAAGAACGAAUUGAUGAGGUCAUUAUGAAGUGCAAGGACCCGAAAGGUGCCGAUGCAUGUGAAAAUUCUUUAUUAAUGUUAAAGUGUCUUCACGACAAUACUCCAUCGAUGCAGAAAGAUGAAGAUAGCUAAAAAUAAUUUUUAAUU